UGUGUCUGGCUUCUUAUUGGUCAGAAUUUGCGUCCAGUUAUGUCUGUUGGCGCGGUUGUUGAGUAUCCGGGAGUUGAGCAGAUAAAAACAAAAGAAAGUAUUAACUCUUUUUUGGAUAUCUGCGUGGGAGGUUCACAAGCAGCAUGGAGAAUGGGAGGGACCAAUUUCCAUUUCCAUACCAGCCCUAUAACAUCCAGCAGCAGUUUAUGGAAGCCCUGUACAGUGCACUGCACCAGGGGAAAGUUGGCAUCUUUGAAAGUCCAACUGGAACGGGCAAGUCUCUGAGUCUGAUAUGUGGAGCGCUGAGCUGGCUUACAGACCAUGAGGAGAAGAGGAACAAGGAGGCGGCUGCUCUGCUGCAGGAAGGAGAGGCAGCUCUUGUCUCUCCUACCGCCGAGUCCUCCACUACCAGCUCCUCAGCAGAGCCCGACUGGAUCACCGAUUUCGUUCAGAAGAAGGCCGAACGAGAUCUGGUGUCAAAACUGAAGGAGGAAGAACUGAAAAGAAAGAAACGGGAAGAACGAUUAGAAAUGAUCAGGAACAACGUUCAGCUUAAGUAUGCCAUGAAAAGAAAAACCUGCGAAGAUGACGAGGCAGAGAAAUUGCUGAAGCUCAGCAAAGAAGAGCAAACAGAGACGCAGGGAGAUCGAGAGGACGAGGAGCUCAUCGUUGCAGAGUAUGAGAGUGAUGACGAAUCAAAGACCAAGAGCAGAGUCAAUGUUGCUGAGGACGACGCAGACGAUGAACUGGUGGAAGAACAUGUUGCAAAGAUUUACUACUGCAGCCGCACUCACUCCCAGCUGGCCCAGUUUGUCCAUGAGGUCCAGAAAAGCCCCUUCAGCAAGGACAUCAGUGUGGUCACGCUGGGCUCACGCCAGAAUCUUUGCAUCAACGAGGAGGUGCUUCGCCUGGGCAGCAUCCAGCGUAUAAAUGACCGCUGCAUGGAGAUGCAGAAAAACAAACACGAGAAGCAGCAGCAUGAAGACGGCGCAAAGCGUAAGCGAGGCCCAGCGAAGAGUGUGUGUCCCUUUUACAAAGCUUCAGCGAUGCAGCAGAUGAGGGAUGACAUCCUGGGUUCAGUCCAUGACAUCGAGCAGCUGCUGAAACUAGGCAGACGAACGCACUCCUGUCCGUACUACUCCACACGUCUCGCCAUCCCCCCGGCACAGUUGGUGGUGUUGCCCUAUCAGAUGGUACUCCAUGAAGCUACAAGAAAAGCAGCAGGGAUCCAGCUAAAGGGACAGGUGCUGAUCAUAGAUGAAGCUCAUAACCUCAGUGACACACUGUCUUGUAUCCACUCUGCAGAGCUCAACGGAGCACAGCUUUGCCGUGCCCACUCUCAGCUCACGCAGUAUGCAGACCGCUAUAGGAGCAGGCUGAAGGCAAAGAACUUGAUGUACAUCAAACAGAUCCUGUUUGUGAUUGAGGGACUCGUCCGUGUGCUGGGAGGUAAGGUCGGCCAAAAUCCUCACACCCAGACCACACAAACAGGAACUGAAAUGCUAACUAUAAAUAACUUCCUCUUCAAGGCUCAAAUUGACAACAUCAACUUGUUCAAGUUACAGAGAUACUUUGAGAAGAGCCUAAUCAGCAGAAAACUUGUUAGCUUUGUUGAGAAGUAUGCAGGAUCGGGAGUGAGUCUGCACACUCAGAGCAGCUCCAACAAGGAGAACCGACGCACAGAGGGAUUAAACCGCUACCUUCAGACUCUACAGAGCAGCCAGAGCGCUUCACCAGUUCCCUCAGCAGACCAGCAGGGGUCAGCAGAGGCAGAGAAAGUGCUGUCUGCGUCUCCCAUGAUGCAGGUCGAAGGCUUCUUUAUGGCUCUGACAAACAGCAACACAGAUGGCAGAGUGGUGGUGCAAAGACAAGGUGCUUUAUCAGACAGUAGUGUCAAGUUCCUGCUGUUGAAUCCAGCGGUCCACUUUGCCCAGGUGCUGAGCGAGUGCAGAGCAGUCAUCAUCGCAGGAGGCACCAUGCAGCCAGUUUUAGACUUCAAACAAGAGCUGCUGUUUUCUGCAGGAGUGGGAGAGGAGCGCAUCGCUGAGUUUUCCUGUGGUCAUGUAAUUCCUCCCGAGAACAUUCUCCCCCUCGUCUUGUGCAGCGGUCCGUCUGGUCAGGAGCUGGACUUCACUUUUCAGAACAGGGACUCUCCACGCAUGAUGGAUGAGACGGGGCGUAUUCUCUCCAACAUCUGUAACGUGGUCCCGGGCGGAGUCGUGUGCUUCUUCCCUUCUUACGAGUACUCGAGACGGAUCGUUUCUCACUGGGAGGCCAGUGGAGCACUCACUCGUCUGGCUAACAAAAAGAAGAUCUUCCAAGAGCCAAAGAAAGCUAACCAGGUCGAACAGGUGCUGAGCGAGUUCUCCCGCUGCAUUCAGAGGUGCGCUCUGGACAGCAGCGGGCUCACCGGAGCGUUGUUGUUCUCUGUGGUCGGAGGAAAGAUGAGCGAGGGCAUCAAUUUCUCUGAUGAUCUCGGGAGGUGUGUGGUGAUGGUGGGAAUGCCGUAUCCCAACAUCAAAUCUCCAGAGCUGCAGGAGAAGAUGUCUUAUCUGGACAAACACCUGUCUCACAGUGGAGGGAGGAGCCCUGGACAGGCGCUAAUAGAAAACCUCUGCAUGAAGGCUGUCAAUCAAUCCAUAGGAAGAGCUAUCCGUCACCGUGGCGACUAUUCCUCCAUGGUGCUGUGUGACAAACGUUAUUCUCGCGCCGCUACGCUCGCUAAACUUCCCGCGUGGAUCAAAGAUCGCACCAGCACACACGCCUCGUUUGGCUCUGCUUUCGCUGCCCUACGGAAGGUGAGGAGUACACUUCAAAUCAAAACCACUGUACCGUGACAAACUGUUACUCACAUGUUGUCCGUUUAUUUUUUUCUGUUUUUUUCAGUUCUUCCUGGAGAAGAAGCAGAAGCAAGUGUAGUUUCAACGUAAUUACUGAGUUAAUGAAGAACGUCGGGAGAAAACCAGCGCAACAGCAUUCAGUCUGCACGUUCAGCAGCCUCAGAAAUGAAACAUGUUCUAAUAAAAAUAUGAAUAGCCAAAGGUUAUUUCAUGGCCUGUUAUAGCCAUUGUGUGCUGCUUAAGGUUCACUUUUUUAUUUAUUUUGAGGCCGAGUGCUCCCGGCUGGAGAUCAAGGGCCAACAAGGGAGGCAGUUAUUCUGUUUUUAUUCCAUCACUCUUGUUCUGUUUUACAUUUCAGCUCUCAAACCUUCUCUGCUACUAGUCUUCUGCUUACACCUCUGUAAAAAAAAAAAAAGUGAAUAUAAAUGAGAAAAUAAUGAAUAUAUUUGACAUUAUUUUAAGCCACAAAGCUAAACUAAUGAGCGUUUAUCAGACUGAUGUUUUUCUGGCGAUGUCUCGAAAUUCAACUGGAGGCAAAAAGGUAGCCUUGACUAUUUUUUUACAACAGAAAGUUGAAAUGAAUUACUGAAGCAUCUGCUACAGAGAUAAGUCACUUGGGCAUCAAUGAAACUGGUUUACCCCCAGAGGGUCAAUAUGAGCUGUUAUGUAAUGAAAAAGGUUUAUUAAAAUCGAGAGAUGUUAGUAAGAUGAUUUCUGUUAGACUUCUAAUCAUAUCUGUUUAUUAGCGUUAUGAAAAUAUGUUUUACAAUGAAUAUGAUUAUCAAUAAAUUGUUUAUCAAUUGA